CAACGAAUAGCGCUCUCUCGACAUAAAGUGGAGGUCGGCCACCCACGUUCAAACGCCUGUUCGCACGUUCUUCAUCACUUCACCGUACAGUCACCGAGUAACCAACCGCCUUACCGGGCAGUAACUACUCUCGUCGCGAUGGAGUAGCACGCGCGAUCGGGACGGCCUUGGCCGCGCGGACGUGGCGCGCUACUUCACAGCUACAAGAGCGCGUUCGCGUCUGACACUGGCACGCACCUUCCCUCACCCGAUCAUCAAUCAUCUCAACAUGAUCAAGCCGGCUCAAGGCGCGCUGCUUGCGAGUGGACUUGUGCUUCUCACUGGGCUUUCCCCGAUCAAGAGGUUGCUCGCGCCACACCUUGACGUAACCCCCGCUGUGUUGGGCUGGUCGCUCGCGGCACUUGCGUGGGCCCUAGUCCUCCUGGGUGUCUCUAAAGCGCUGCGCACGCCACUCGUCUUUGCUUGGAACUGCUUCUUGAAGCCUUUCCUUCCGGCCAAGGAGGGGGGACAGAAGGCGCGUCUCGACGCGUUCUACGAAGGUCAGGCGGAUGUGUACGACAGCACCCGCUCCCACCUCCUCAAGGGUCGUGAGACGAUGCUCCAGCUCCUUGCCAGUCACCUCAAGGCCCAACCUGUUCCUCCGACACAGAAGCACAAGAAGCGGAUUUGGGUCGAUAUCGGCGGCGGUACUGGCUGGAACAUCGAGCACAUGGACGAGUACUUGCCUCACACGUAUUGGGACGCGAUCUACCUCGUCGAUCUGUGCGAGCCUCUCCUCGAGGUCGCCAAGAAAAGGUUCGCUGCUAAAGGGUGGAAGAACAUCCAUGUGCUGUGCCAGGAUGCCAGUCGAUUUGUACUCCCCGAAUGGGAGAGCGGCGAGCUCGACCCCCGCGGCUCUAUCACGGCCAUCACACUCUCGUACUCCUUGUCCAUGAUUCCGCCCUUCUACCAGCUCCUUGAUCGUUGUGACCAGGUUCUUGACCCGCAGCGCGGGUUGUUGGCCGUCGUUGAUUUCUACACUGCGCGUGAUUCUGGGAUCAAGGAGAGGGCGCUCGGCACCCAGAGCAAGCGCGUGUCAUGGAUGUCCAAGUGGUUCUGGGAGUGCUGGUUCGAGUUUGACAAUGUUCACCUGCACCACUCGCGCCGUGACUACCUUGAGUACAAGAUGGGCACGAUCAAGACGUACAACGCGCGCAACAACUUCCUCAAUUCAUGGUUCAUCUCGAUCCCUUACUACAUUUUCCUCGGAUGCUCGCGCCAGCGCGACGCCACAGCUGCCGCGCGUGCCUUCGAGAUUGAGGCAGGGAAUCGUCUGGGUCAGGGCCGCGGCGGGCUGCUUACGCCUUCGUCACCUUUCUCCACCUCCCCGAUGUCUUCGCCAGAGAAACUCGGAGCUGUUCCUGAGAUCACCCUGGGGCCCGCCGCUAUCGAGCGAGCCGUCGCUGAAGGCGAGUACACCCAGACGCUUUUCGAGGCGGGCGCCCCACUGUCGCCGUUCCACUACCAACUCCGUAAAGCUUGGCGUGUCCCAUACCUUGAGGAGAAGGUGCAUCAAGAGUUCCGCACGCACAUCUACGGUUGGACGUGGGAAGACCCCGAUAUCGACGUCAAGCGCCUUGGUUUAAACAAGGAUGACCACGUGCUGGCGAUUACGUCCGCGGGCGACAAUGUUCUUCACUAUGCUCUCGCGGCGCAAUGUGCACGCGUUCAUGCUGUCGACAUGAACCCGUGUCAAGGCCACAUUCUGGAGCUCAAGCUUGCCGCAAUUCAGACUCUCGAGUACGCAGACUUCUGGCGCAUCUUCGGGGAAGGCGCCCACCCCGACUUUGAGAAGCUUUUGACUGGCAAGAUGGCACCAUUCCUGUCAAGCCACGCGUAUGCGUACUGGAUGAAGCAUGCGGACCAGUUCCAACGAAAUUUCUAUUUCCGCGGUUACUCGGGCUGGGCGUUGCGCCUCGCCCAGGUUGCGUUCUUCCUCGCUGGCGUGCGCGGCGAUGUACAGCGCCUCUGCAAGGCAAACAGCACCGCCGAGCAGCAGCGCAUCUGGGAUAAGCGGUUGCGUCCUGUCAUCCUCAACCGCAUCAUGCUAAAGGUCCUCGGUAACCCUGCUUUCAACUGGCAUGCCCUCGGCGUUCCCCGCAACCAGAUGAACUGCUUCCUCGCCGACGGCUCCGUCGCUGACUUUGUUCGUGCAACCUUCGACCCCGUGCCGGGGUACUCGACCAUGAAGGACGACAACUACUUCUACUUCCUCUGCCUGAACGGGCGGUAUACUCGCUCCUCGUGCCCCGCAUACCUCAAGCCAGAAGGCUAUAAGACUCUGCGUGAUGCGCGUGUCAAUAAUGCUCUGAAGCUGCACACCGAUACCAUUCUGAAUGUGCUCCGGGGCCUUCCUGAUGAGAGUCUUACCAAGGUUAUCGUCAUGGACUCUAUGGACUGGUUUGACCCGAUCCCCGCCGACCGCCCGCUUCCUCCGAUUGAUGCGGCACUCGACCGGGCCGAGGACUCGCCCGAGGCCGCCCUUGAACACCUCCGCUCCGAACUCGACUUUGAGAUCCUCGAGAUGCACCGUGUCCUCCGCGUUGGCGGACACGCGGUGUGGCGCUCUGCCGCCAAGUACCCUUGGUACAGGCAGCGCUUCGAGCUCGCGGGCUUCAAGGUUGAGCCAAUUGACAUUCGUGAAAACAACCAGGCCAUCGAUCGCGUCAACAUGUACGCGUCUUUCUGGCGCGCGGAGAAGCUCGCCUAGCCGGCCCGUCAACUGUCCGAGUUCUCCUAUUCUCAUCACGAAAUAUAUCCCUAUACCCCACGGAGCCCACGUGCAGCUCCAAAAGAUGCAUACGAGCUAUAUCAGUCG